CCCGGCAGUGAGGCGGAACGUUGGACUCCGCGCGGGAGUCUCGUGCGUCCGACGAGACGCUUCCUUGCUAAGCUGGCUCGGCCAGCCUGCCUGGCUCGCUACUUCCUUUUACUUCCUCUCUCUUAUAUACCCUCUUACCAUAUAUACUCGCUUCGGGCAAUUCUCGUUCGAGACACGCGACUUAACCCUAUAUCGUCUCUCAUAUACCCGGACCAAGUGAUUCCUAUAUUUACAUAUAAUUAUUAUUAAUUAUUAUAAUAUAUAAAAAAAAGAAAGGAAUAAGAAGAAGAAGGGAUAAAAAAAACUACGCACUGCCCAAUUUGGCAAAUUACGGUUUUUAUAAAUAGAAAAAAAAAAUUACGCUCAAGCAACGAUAUGUGCGACAAAAAGAAAAAUAUUCAAAAACAGUUUAUAAGACUGAUUUGAUGUUCAGUGUGCUCUUUAAAUAUUCUCAUGUGUGUUAUGUAUACGAAAUUUAUUUCCGGAUAAUAUGUGUUUAAAGAAUAAAAUAAAAAAAAUUACAACAAAAUGAAGAAUACGAAUAGAAUGAAGAAUAGUAGAAAGACAAAGACUAGUAAACGGAUAAAAAAUAGUAUAAUAAAAAAGCAAAGAGUAACAAAAGGACAGAGAAUAAUAAAGAGAUGGAGAGUGUAAUCCCAAUGUAAAUGGAAAAAAACGAAAGAAAAGAGGAAUUUUCUACAAAGUAAAGUCACCUAAGAAAAAGAGAGAGAGAGAGAGAAACAAGGAUCAAAAAGAAAGCGUCGAGUGCUCUUGGAAAACGAAUUAGGAAUACAUAUCGAUUGGAUUUAUUUUUCUUUUCUUUUUUUUGUUUCGUUUUACGAAAAAUGCUAUACAAUAUGGCUGUGUAAAGUGAAAAAAAAGUGUAUUAUCAAAAAGUGAAAAACGAUAUUGUGUGGAAAAAAAAAUGAAAUAAAUAGAGUGGCGGAUGAAGAAGAAUCGAAGAUGUAGGUGGAUGAACGAAAUAUCGGAUAGAUUAGAUGUCCGAGGUGAUUAUUUGUCGGUGUUGGGAGCCCAAGGGGCCGUGCUGGUUAUCUUGCACUAGCCCAUGUCUCCCGAGUGAAAUAAAAGAAGAAGAAAAAGAAAAAUUAGUGUCAAGUUUAUUGUUUUGUUUCUCUAUUUUCGUUGACAACAACAAGUCAACGUUUUAUUGUUGGUAUAUAGUGUCGCACAAGUUGGAGCCUCAGCGAGGUUCCUUCUUGUUAUUGUGCGAGGCUGGCGAGCGCAAUGUGGCAAAGUGGGGGCAUGGGCACCCAUGCGGCCAACAAUCCAUGGAUGAAAUUAAUGGGCAUUGUGCACAGCAAAGAACGAAGACAUCACGAAAAUGUUGCCGGUUCUGGAGCGCAAACAACUGGAACCAAUCUCAAUGCGGAACGGGGUCUCAAUCAAUCGCUGCCAAAGCUCAGCAGCCAGGACGAAGAUGGGCCAAACGCUCACACCCAAUACACAGGCGUCACACACUUCGAGCCCAUACCACACGAUCAUGACUUUUGCGAGAGGGUCGUCAUCAACGUGAGCGGACUAAGGUUUGAAACGCAAUUGCGUACAUUGAACCAAUUUCCGGACACACUGCUUGGCGACCCAUCAAGGCGGAUCCGUUAUUUCGAUCCGCUUCGCAAUGAAUACUUUUUCGAUCGAAAUCGACCCUCCUUCGAUGCGAUUCUCUAUUACUAUCAAAGUGGUGGAAGACUUCGCCGUCCAGUCAACGUACCCCUCGAUGUCUUCUCCGAGGAGAUUAAAUUUUACGAAUUGGGAGAGUUGGCCACGAAUAAAUUUAGGGAAGACGAAGGUUUCAUCAAAGAAGAAGAAAAGCCGUUACCGUCGCACGAAUAUCAAAGAAAAAUUUGGCUAUUAUUUGAAUAUCCAGAGAGUUCGCAGGGGGCGAGAGUCGUUGCCAUCAUAUCCGUGUUCGUGAUUCUCCUCUCGAUUGUAAUAUUUUGUUUGGAAACACUUCCCGAAUUUAAGCAUUAUAAAGUGUUCAAUACGACGACAAACGGUACAAAAAUCGAGGAGGACGAAGUGCCGGACAUUACGGACCCGUUCUUCCUAAUAGAAACUAUUUGUAUAAUCUGGUUCACAUUCGAGUUAUCGGUGCGCUUCCUCGCCUGUCCAAAUAAGCUAAACUUCUUCCGUGACGUUAUGAACAUCAUUGAUAUCAUCGCCAUCAUUCCUUAUUUCAUCACAUUGGCAACUGUUGUCGCCGAGGAGGAGGACACAUUACAUUUGCCGAAGGCACCUGUUAGUCCACAAGACAAAAGUACGAAUCAAGCGAUGUCCCUCGCGAUUCUCAGGGUGAUACGACUGGUCAGGGUGUUUCGAAUAUUCAAACUGUCCAGGCAUAGUAAAGGUCUUCAAAUUCUUGGCCGAACUCUAAAGGCAUCAAUGCGAGAGCUCGGUCUGCUCAUUUUUUUCCUUUUUAUCGGUGUGGUGCUAUUCUCAUCAGCGGUAUACUUCGCGGAGGCUGGCUCCGAGAAUUCGUUCUUCAAAUCCAUUCCGGACGCGUUCUGGUGGGCCGUUGUCACGAUGACGACCGUGGGCUAUGGUGACAUGACGCCCGUUGGUGUGUGGGGGAAAAUUGUUGGUUCAUUAUGCGCGAUUGCUGGUGUAUUGACGAUUGCUCUACCCGUUCCUGUCAUCGUUUCCAAUUUCAACUACUUUUAUCAUCGUGAGACUGAUCAGGAGGAAAUGCAGUCGCAAAAUUUCAAUCACGUGACUAGCUGUCCUUAUCUUCCUGGCACACUAGGUCAGCACAUGAAGAAAAGCUCGAUGUCGGAGUCGUCAUCGGACAUAAUAGAGCUGGAGGAGGGUCUUACAAUAACUCCCCAUGCGGAGGUUACGAAAAAACCCAUCUACAAUCCUCUCCAUAACAAUAACAUCAACGUAGCCUGCAUGAUCGUUGAGACUGACGUCUGACUACUAGCGAAGGAGACGGUGGAAACGUGGUGGCUGGUACUAGAAGAAUUAUUGAAGAGAAUCCAUUCCGUGCGGUUCCUGGUAUAGGGCUUUCUACUCGAGUUAAAAAGAGAAAAAAAAAAGAACGGACAGAUGAGUGACUGUCCAUUUUUAUGCUACAAAAGAAGAAGAAGAAAAAAAAUUGGUUCUAUACUACCGGAACAGAAGGGAAAAUGCAUUCGCAUAAUAGUCCUAAUGAUAGAUACGCUUGUUAGGCGCGCGCACCCCCCUCCCUUGAAGGGAUUUUACAAGACAUGAAAUCACUUUGCGCCCCACACCACCGACUCCAGUGUUCAAAAAACAAAAAAAAAAAAAACGAAUCUCUCCGUAAACGCCGCUCACUCCUUCACAAAUUCCCUAAGAAGAAGAAAAAAAUCAUCUAGAGGGAGAUAGAAGAGGAUUUAAUUAUCAGUGAGCAGGUAUCGGAGCCAUACCAGAUAAUACUUAUUAUUAUUAUUAUUAUUAUUAUUAAAAAAGAAAGAAAAAAAAUAUUAAUUAAUUAUUAGAUUUAAGAAACAAAAAAAAAAAAAGCGAUAUUAUACGUCUUUAUGAGCGAGUUAACGAAAAAGAAAAACCAAAAAGACUAUAGAAUACGCGUUUUACGGCAGUGAAAAUUUUUUAAACAAAGUCAUUUAUAUGUGAUAGAUGCAUUGUCUGCGUCUUAAUAGUAAUUAUACUUUUUAAAAAAAAAAUAUCAACGUCUAUAUAGAGAAUUUUUUAAUCUUUUUCUCUUUAUAGACAUUGAUUUCUUUUUUUAUCAAGUGUACGCGAUGCUCCAAAAAAAAAAACCAUUGCGCGACUAUUAGGAUGAAAUCGUGGAAUAUCUGUCACGCUUCCACCAUACACCGCAGAUAGUUCUGCAUUUGCACGUGAUAGUCUGAUUUCCAUAAUAUGUAUAUAUAAAUAAAAAAAAAGGUAAACAAAGACAAAGUAAUAAAAAAAAAAAUGACCGCAGUGAAAAACGUUGAGAAUAUUAUAAAUAUAUGAUAUAAAUAAAUAUAUAUAUAAUAUAUAUAUGAACGGAGAAACGGUAAAAUCUAAAUAUAUAUAUACAUAUAUUAUAUAUUAUAUAUAUUAAAAAAUGAAAAAAAAACAGAUGCUCCGAACUAAAUAUUUUCUUUUUUUUUUCAUCGAUGUUCACAAUCUCCAUUCGUCAAUCGACGCGCGUAUGCAGGUCAUCGUUAGUCCACUUGCUGACAAUGCGAUUGUACACCGAUGUUUGUAAUAUAUAUAUAGAAAGAGAGAGAGAAAGAGAGAAUGCAGUGAAAUGGUGCGACGUCGAACGUAAAUCGUUCAACCGAAUUAUUCCGAAAAAAAAAGGAAAAAGACUUCCUUGAAUAUUUUUUUAUUUUUUUGUUUCGUCUUCAGAAAAUAUUUCUCGCAUCUCUUUCUUUUAUUACUUAUAAUUAAUCAAAAUACAUACUUUUAUCUUAUUGAAAUUUUUUUUACAAAAUUGCUAUAAAUUUGCUUUUAAAUAUAAUUAAGAGAUAAUUUCAUAUUUUUUUUUUUAGAAAAUUGACAAUUUAAUAACAAAUACUUGACAAAAUAUUUAUUUUUUUUUACAUACAUUUAUUAUUUAUAAAUUAUCUUUAUUAUUAUAUAUUUUUUCUAUUGUUUUUUUAUUUUCUUGUUAAAAUCGAUACAGAAUUUUUAUUUAUUAUUUUUGCUGAAAUUAAAAAACAAAAGAAAAAAAAAAUUGUCGAAAUUUGUGCUUUUUAGUACAAGUGUGCCAAAAUAAAUUUCGUAUAAUAAACCUCGAUUUUAGAAAAGCUAAUUAGCUACAUUAUUUUUGAUAAUGAAAAUUAAUCUUCUCACCAGUGAAAAACAAAAUUUCAAAAUUAAAUUUUGUCAAUUUUUUAAAAUUUCAAAAUCGCAAGGCAAUUCUCAUUAUUUCAAAUAUGAAACAAAAAACGAAAUAAAUAGUUCAAAAAUUAAAUUCUAAUAGUAAAUUCAAAAUUUUGAAAAAAAAAUUUAUUCCAGUUUAAAAAACUAUAAAACUAAUUUAUGCAGUAAUGAAAAAAAAAUAAAAAAAUUUAGUCAAAAGAAAGAAAUGCAAAUUGAAAAUUAAAAAAAGGACGUCUUCUGAUCGGAAAAAUUCGGUGUCUUUUGAGAGGUACACAAAACAUUCCUGAUUAAAUAUAUUCGGUUAACCACUGAAGUCUUAAGCUUUAUCUUUAAGUCACAUUUUUUACUUACGCGAAACUCCGUAUUUUACAAAAAAAAAAAUAAAUAAAUAAAUAAAUAAAUAAUAUUAAUAAUAAAGAACGCUGUUAUUUGAAAAAGUGUAGCGUUAUCUCGUGUAUAAAACCAAGGAGCCAAAUUAAAUACAAAAAAAAAAAAUUGUCUCUCGAGAUGAUCGUUUAAAACAUCACAAGUGACAAUUUCAAGAAAAGAAAAAAAAAAUUAUUUCCUUUUUUCGCUCCCAAAAUCGAUGUGUGUUCGGAAUAAUAUGGAUCUGUUUUUUAUUAAAAGUUAAGACGGUAUUAACGCAAAUUCCAUCCGAAGUAGACGCUAUGCUAGAAAAAAAAAUUUUAAAUAUCGCGAAUGAUAGUUUACGAAUAUGUUAGUCUGUUUCGAAGAGAACAAAAUAAAAAAAAAAAAACCCAAAAAAAAAAAAAAAAACAAUGUUAAUGCGUGACAAAAAUUUUCUUUGUCACACUUUUUAUUUCUCGUUUUAUGAACUAUAAAAAAAAAUUUUUUUUUUCUUUCUUUCUGAUCCAGAAUUCCACGGUACCAUCUCCCUUUUACGCCUGGUAAACGUUUCAGUUUUGAACAUUCGAAUUUUUCAUCCCGUGAAUAAAAAUUAAUUUACAAAAAAAAAGUACCAAGAAACGCAGACGCGAAUUUUUUUUUUUUUUUUUGCAUUAGGGAAAAAAAUGUCUACCAGUUAAAUAAGGACUUUGUAAAGUGAAAUAGCGUUAAAAGCGUCUUACGAGUCAUUUUUUCGAGAAAAAAAAGAAUUUUUUUUUAUUGAUUAACGAAUUUUUUAUCUGAUUUUUUAAAUUUUUAUUUCGAUUAUUAUUUUUUAUAUUUUGGAAUUUUGUAAAAGAAAAGUAAUAAGAAUUAAGAGAAAAAACGGUAAAAAUUAAGAAACUAAUUUAUUUUUAGAAAAUAUAUUUUUUUUUCUUUGCUAAAAAUUAUUUUUAAAAAAGAAUUUUCUCCUUUUUCUCAAAAAUUAUUUUGUUUUUCCAAAUGUUUUUUUUUUGUCAAAAAAUGACCCGAUGUGACUAUAGAUAAAAAAAAAAAAAGUUGCGCCUAAUUUGAAUGAAAUCUGUGUGCUGCAGGUGAAAUUUUGCCUAAACAGCAAUUCGCCUAACUAAUUUGUAAUUUGCUACUUGAUAAAUUUUAUAUCGCAAUCAUUUUUUAAUUAAUCAAAUCAAGCAUCAUUAUAAAUGAACAAAAGAGAGAGAAAAAAAAAAACAAAUAACCGAGAAAAAAUGCACUCGCCCUGAAUGCUUCGUCAAAAAAAAAAAAAAAAUCAUUUUGCACAUCCUAUUUUCCAAAUUCUCAACUAUUUUUCUCCCACGAGAUUUAAAAAUAAAUUUUAAUUCAAAAUUUCAUAAAAGAAAUGCGAAUUUCAUUCAAAAAUUCUCGAGAAAAAUAGUGGAAAAUUUGGUUUAAAAAAAAAACAUAUAUACAUUGUGUGCCUCGUGCAAAUCACACAAAGAAACAAAACGAAAGUCUUCGCAGCUCAGAAGACAAUUUUAAUAUUUUAAAAAAUAAGUAACAUAUUGUGUGACUAAGACCUGCUUUACAAUGUGUCUUGUGCUUCCUAAUGGACAAUUUUAUACAAUUUUUUAUGCCAGUUGCCGCGGAGUAUAAUCUAUAAGGUCAUAAUGCAUUUUCUCUAUUCCAGAAAAUUGAACAUUAAUGAAGUGAAUUUGUUUCCAUCUCAAUGAAAUGUAUUUGUUUGAUUUUUUUUAAAUUUCCUUUCUUUAACAAAUAAAAAAUAGUUAAUUAUCAUAAUUAAAUUUAAAAAAAUGAAUUUUUCAAAAUAAUACAUUUUAUUUUAAAUAUAAUUAUAAUAAAAUAAAACAAAUUCAUUUUAUCAGUGAAAUAGAAACGAAUUUAAUUUCAAAAAAAAAAAAAAAAUAUGUCAAAAUGAAAUGAAUUUAUUUCCAUUUCAAAUGGAAACAAAAAUUUCAUUUUACGACAAAACGAAUUUCCCUUUCAUUUCCAAAAUGAAAUGAAAACAAAAAAAAAUUAUUCACUUUACAGACUCCUUAGAGAAUCUUUGAGACAUAUUCUCCGCAAAUGACUGGACAGUGGGCACUUCGGCCUGCAAGCGUUUCUUGUUGAGGAGAACCGUGAGAUUUUAUUGACGCCAAGUGUGUAAAAAAAAUUUUUAUAUUAAAGAAAAAAAAACCAAAAAAAAAAAAAAAAAACUAUAGAAAUGAAAACGCGCGGUGUAAAUGAAUUCUGCGAUGUGCCCUGAGAGUGCAAAUUGAAACAUUAUUGCGCGAAUGUAUUAUGAAUUAUUAUAUAAAUAUAUAAAUGGUUGAGAAGAGCUUAAAGCCUAAUAAUCGAUUUUUAGGACCGUAUCGAUCGCAACUCUGCUUUUAUAUAUACAAAAAAAAAUAAAAAUAAUAAUGGUUGUAUGAGUUAUGUAACUACGCUAUUUAAAAAAAAGUAACGUAGUUUUUAAUACGAAUUGUAAAAUGUAAAUGUCACAACUUACAGUAUUCUCCGAGUUACUCGACGUUCUAGCUCAAAGUAAACUUUAACAAACAAACAAAAAAAAAAAAAGAAAAAAAAUAAUAAAAACAACAAGAAAAAUUGUACCACGCCUACACGAAGAAAAAAAAAGAUUUUUCCGUCUUAGCGGAAUGCUAAAAUGAAACUUAUUAUAGUACCGACUGCAAAGAUACGAAAAAAAAAAAAACAGAAAACAUUGAGAAAGUAGCUCUUGUUUCUUAUUAUAAAGAAAAAAAAAUCUAACAAGUCGAUCAUAGUAGGACUUUGGCGAUAAUAAACGCAAAAUUUACAAGUGCUGGCUUUUAUAUAGUGAAAAAAAAAAAUUGUAGCAACGUUUCCCGUACGACAAAAAAAAAGAAUAUUUGAUAGAUUUUUAGAAUUCCAAAUAUUUUUCUCCGUGUAGGGCUGAUCUGCGAAAUUUUCAUUUUUUCUCAUUCUAAAAUCCGUCUUUAUUAUUAUUUUUUCUUUACUCCAAAUGCCUAAUGCUUGAAUCUCAAAUCUUAUAUCGAUCGAAUCUCUCCUUUUUACUCUAUAAACAUGACUUUAGACAGUCUCUGUUAUUCUAAUAGUCGAAUACUUGGCGAUACGAAUAGAAAAAAAAAAAAAAUCACAGAACUAGCGAAAGAAACGGUGGAUAUCAUCGCGAUCGAAUUUUCAACGAGGAACGAUUUCAAACUGAAUGAAUUAUUUUUCACAAAAAAAAAUAUGUCCCAUUUUCUUUCUUUUCAAUUUAAAUUUUAUUUAAAAAACUGUUUUAUUUUUCUUUUUUGUAAAUAAGUUUUAAAAAUUUUAUUUUACUUAUUUAAAAUACAAAAAAAUAUUUUACAAAAAAUUUUCCUUCAUUGAAAAAUAAAUUUUUCAUAUUGAAAUCGUUUUUAAUUAUCAAACUCAUACCACUUUUCUCGGUAGGGUCACAAUUUUCCAAAAAAAAGAAGAAUUUUUUUUCCAACCUCUCUUUCUUUUCAAGAGACAAAAUAAUGCGAAUUUUUCUAUUUUUUCCCCCUCCUAAUUGUUAAAGAAUAAUCGUAUUUUUUUGUAUCUUGGAUAAAAAAGAGAUUUUUUUUUUUUCUGAAAAAUUGUGUGCAUUAUGACCCUAUCUCUUUCUCACAUACAUACAUAUCUCUAUCUAUAUACUAUAAAAAAAAAUAUCAUGGCGUUUUCCAGAAGUGUUACACGAUUAUUAUUUUUUUUUUAUACUGAAGAAAAUUAAAAAAAAAAAAUGAAAAACUGCUUGCACCUGUAAUAAUUUGCUCAUUACAAUUUAAGCAGCUAAAACUUGCCAAAAAUAAAAAAAAAAACUGGAGAUAUUUCAAUUUUUCAGAACGUCCUUUCACAAUCAGAGCAAUUUUAAUCAAUCUAUACAGAUUUUGAAUUGAACUCGAAUUCGUAUUCCACAAUUCCGUCCAUUGUUUUUCGAAUUCUGCAUAGAGGAAAAAAAAAAACAUUGCUAAUUCUAAAACGCGUUGCUUAUCAUUUUCAUUUUUCCUCUUAAAUUUCUCUUAUUCUUAUUCUUUUUCUUUCUCUACUUAUUUUUUUAAUUUGUUAUUUUUUUCUCUGAAUUUUUUUUGUCAGUUGCCCUUUUUUGAAUUCAUCAAAUUCGAAUUUUUCGCUAAAUUUUAUAUUAAAAAAAAUCACUCUCAUUUUUUUUUCUUCUCAUCAUAAGUAACAAAAUGCAAUGAUUGAUGAUGAUUUCAAGUCUGAGAAAUGCCAGGACGCAAUUGAAAAAAAUCAAAUAAAUUUUUUAUUUUGAAAAUUCGCCCAAAUAAAUAUAAAAAAAAAAAACCUGAUAAGCUCAACUAUCGCGCAUUCGUAAUGAGAAAAAAAGGAAAAAUUUUUUUUUUAUUAUUUUUUUUUUUUGCAUUUACUAUCUAUCGAGAAGAGUACCAUUUUCAUAAAAAUGCUUUAAAAGAAAAAAUUAUCUCGCGUGUAUAGUCGAUCCAUAUAAUGGCACAUACUUGAUUCGAUAAUUUUAUUAAUUUUGGAAAAAUAAUUAAAUUAAAAAUUAAUUAAAAUAAUUAAAUUAUUAAUUAUAAUUACAUUAUUAUUAAUACAAUUAUUAAUUAUUGUAUUAUUAUUAUUUUAUUAAUUCGUUAAUAAUUAAAAUAAAAUCGAAUUUAACAAAAAAAUUGAAUUAUGUAAAAUUUAACAAAAAUUAAAAUGUAAUUUUUCGAAUGUCAAAGAGUGUCAAUAUUAUGGAUCAUUGCUAAAUUAAUGAAAAAAAAGCAUCCUUUAAAAAAAAAUUUCUCUUCGUCAUUAAUGUACACUAGAGAGUCUCUUUAAAAAUAAUUUUUCUUGUAGAUAGCUAAAAGAUCAUUAUUCUGUAGAUAGAGAAUUAAUCAUAAUCAAAGAAAGGUUUCUUCUCGUAUCGAAGAAUUUAGGGUAGGAUCGUUACUUGAUCAUUAUGCUAUUAUUCGUAUUUUUUAUUAUCGAAUUACAAAAAAAUAAAAAUAAAUUCGUUGACGAAUUUACAGUGGUAAUCGGCGUUAUAACACAUUAACAAGUACAAAGAGAAUGUUAAGUGACGUUGAUUUUUACUGUGUAAACGUGUAAACUUCCAAAUAUUCUUGACCAAAUAAUCAAUUGUACGAUUAAAAAGCGCCAUUAAUUAAUGAAAACAAAAAAAAAAAUAAAUAAAUAAAUAAAAAUGAAAUCAUUAUAGGAAAAAUAAUUCUUAACUUCAUUGUUCUCAGAGCCAAUCGCUAUUAUCGCUAAUUUAUAAAUUAAAACUGCUGAACAUUAAGGCGUGACAAAAUUGAAAAUUCCCAUCAUUUAUUUUUUUUAAAUAAAAAAAAGAAAAAAAAAUAUAUAAUAUGAAGUCUGUGUUCAAAGUCAAUACUCUGUAUGAAGUUACGAUAAUUAUUAAAAAUUAUGUCGUUACGAAUAUUAAUUAGAAAAAAAAAAAUGAACUGUCGAUGACAAUUUUAUUGUAAAGUAGUUAAGAGUUGUUAAAUAAUUUAUCAAAAUAUUGUUAAUUGUAAAAAAAAACUUUUUUCUCAUCUUUAUUAUUAAUUAAUAUUAUUUUUAUUAUUAUUAUAAUUAUAAUUAAUAAUUAUUCUUAUUGAUAAUUAUUGCUUUAUUCUCGAUUCGCCAGAUUUCAAAUAUAAUAAAUGUACAUACAUUUUUAGAAAAAAAAAAAAAAUAAUAAUACUUUUGUAAAUAAUGUGCAAAGUAUAGUAUUCUAAUUCUAUUUUAGAAUAUAAUUGUUAUAGUGAUGUAAAAAAAUUUCCAAUUCUGGAAAUUUUUGGAAGUGUCGAGAAUAUUUGAAAUAUUUUAUAAAUAUAAAUAUAUUUGUUAAUUGUUAAAUUUUUUAAUGGCUGUGUUAUAAAAAAUUGUUAAUUUUAGUUUCAAACUCGAAAAUUCAAAAACUAUAGAAUUAUUUUAAAAAAUUAUAUAAUUACUUCGUGAAAUAUUUGUUAAAAUAAAUUUAUUGCCAUAAAUUACAUUGUAAAUAUGUAUAAAUAAAGUUAAAUAAAAUAAAAAUAAUUUUUAUUCAAUUAAAGUAAAAAUCAUCAAAAAAAAAAUUUAAUACAAAAAAUAUUAUUUUUACGUAUAUAAAAAUCGAAAUUAAAAAUUAAAUAAAUUAUAAGUAAAAAAAAAUAAAAUUUGUGUAAAUUAAAAAACAUAUGAAAUGUUUCAAGUAUUUGAAAAAUAUUUCCACUUUACAUCACAAAUUCCUAAAAUAAAUAUAAAUUUCCAUUUUGUCCGCCUUAAUGGUUUUCCCUUUGAACCAAAAAAAAAAAAAAAAAGAAUGAAUAUUUAUCGGUAAAAAUGGGAAUGAAUAUGUAAUUCAGAUGGAUAAUAUGAAAUCUUUUAUUAUUGAAAGAUAAAUAAAAAGAAAAUAUAAUGCACGUUAAGCAGAAAAAGAAAAAAAAUAUAUAUAUCGAAAAAAAUAAAAUCCAAGCGAAGUGUGUGGUGAAUUAGGGAAAAGCUGUACAAAAAAAAAACAAUCUGCCAGAACUCGGUUCGAAAAUCAGAAAUUCUUUUUAUUGUCAGAGACGAAAGUUCGAAACUGAAACAUAAAACUGUACGCAAACGAUCCUUCCAACCCGUCACACGUGCCGGAGAAAAACCUAUUCUAGUCAUAUAAAAAAAUUAAUCGACUGUAUUAUUCUAUACUGUAUACGCACGUUACUGUUAUAUUUACGUAUGGGGUUGUUGCCAAAAAAAAAAAAAAAAAAAAAAUGAAAAAUAUCACAUUUUAUUUCAUCUUAUUUUUAAAAAAACCAUUUAGGACAAAAUAUUCUAAUUUUUUUCCAUUUUUAUUUGACUAAAAAAAAAUUAUUUUUAAAAGUAUUAAUAAAUUUUUUUCUUUUAAUUUAAUACAAAAAAAAUAAUUUUCUUAAAAAAGAAAGAAAUAUUUUGAGAUAAUCGAGAAAAUUUAGUCAUAAUUUUAAAAAAAAUUUCAUCAAUCGUACAGUUUGUCAUUUUACUUCCUGACAGACCUUCCCCCCAUUUUUUUUUUUCCCCCAGAAGUUUUUUGCACCGCAGCGAAAAUUCUUAAAAAGAAAAAAAAUCUUUUUAGCCUAUAUUUAGAGAAGAUAAAAAAAACAAA